UAUGGUAGUAGUGUGGGUUCUCAGUCAUCCCCACCAGCAACAGAUCCAGGUCCUGUUCCUUCUUCUCCCAGCCAGGAGCCCCCUACCAAGCGGGAGUAUGACCAGUGUCGCAUACAGGUUAGGCUGCCUGAUGGCACUUCCCUGACCCAAACGUUCCGGGCCCGGGAACAGUUGGCAGCUGUGAGGCUCUAUGUGGAGCUUCACCGUGGGGAGGAACCUGGACAAGACCAGGACCCUGUGCAGUUGCUCAGUGGCUUCCCCAGAAGGGCUUUCUCAGAGGCUGACAUGGAGCGGCCUCUGCAGGAACUGGGACUCGUGCCUUCUGCUGUCCUCAUUGUGGCCAAGAAGUGUCCUAGUUGAGGGUCCUCCAUCCCACCAUCCCUCUUUGACCUCUUCAUCUUUGAUAAAGCACUGACAUUUCCUUCCUAAUAAAUAGACCUUUUGAGUUCUGUAUA